GAAAAGCUGGCGAGGUGACGCCAUUUUAGAAAUCCUUCAUCGGCUGAAAUCCUCUUCAAGUACGGAAAAGUGCAAUGAAAUAAAAUCUACACGGAGACUAAAAUUAAAAUUACGGCAAUAAAUUCGUGUAACAGAGCAAGCCCUUGAUUCCAAUUUACAGGGCACAUGUGGUAUUUUUUGUUUCAUUGUUCAAAUGCAAUUAGUUCUUUCGGCUAUUAAUCUGAAGUCCAUAAUUGAUUCUGAGAUACAGACCGGGUAUUAAAGACUUUUGCAACGUGCCGCCAACAAUUCCAAUCUACUUUGAGAAUUAUUACGAAAAUUGUUGGAAAAUUGAUCGAACAUUGUAUUAUAUUACCAUCAUUGGUAAAAAAGUAGUGUAACGCUAUCUCCCUAGAAGAUAGUACGUCGAUGAAUAAGCUUUUGCAGCAUGAAUUCUCUGGGAGGAUCUAAAGGGGAGCGCACUGCAAAACCCAAAUUUGCUGCAUUAGAUAUCAACAAGCUUUACAUUACCAGUCGGGGCGAAUCUUUGGAACCAUCAACGCAGAAAAGCACGAUACCUCGUAAACAUGGUAUGCAAAGUUUGGGUAAAGUUCCGUCGGCCCGACGUGCACCGGCAAAUCUUCCUUCAUUAAAAGCUGAAGUAGGCAAUCCUACAGACCAUUCUGGUAGUUGGAGUCUGGAGCAAACCAAUAACAAUAACGGCAUUACUAGUCAAGCUAAUGUCAGAAGCAACAAUAGUUUCUCCUUAACGGAUUGCAAAUCAAUCUCCGAUACAGACUCCCAGAAUAAUCCACAAUAUCUAUCAAAUUCAAGUAUCAUACCUCCUGCGGCUACAUGGAACACGAUCGAGUUUCCGUCGUUAGACGACACCGGAUCAGCUGGUGCAAACGCGAUAAAAGUUACACAACAGCAGCAAGAACAACUCUCAAGUGCUGGUCUACUAAGUUUGCGAUCACAAGGAGAUACAAAAACAUGGGUUCAUCAACACACAAGCGGUACUCGAGUUGGUGCAGCUACUUGUUCCUCAUCAAUGGCUUCUUCAAUGGACAGUGGCUCCAAAGAUGCGAGAGGACACAAUAUCCAAAAUGUUCCAUCGCAAAAUCUAACAGAAUCCCCAAUGCCACCUCAAUUCAGAGCUCUUCUUCCGUCGUUUAUGAGGGGAAACGAUAUUGCGUCUACUGGUAUUCCAAACAACGGUUUAAUGGUUUCAUCUUCAUCCUCACAACUUCCAUCUCAUGUGAUAAUACCCUCGAUUCAACGGAGCAGCAGCAACAGUGUAAUGCCAAGUUUUGCACAAUCACAUGGAAAACUUCCUCAUCAUGUUUCCUUGGAACCAAGAAACAAUACAAAUUCACGUGUAGGGUCAGUUGGAGCAAAUUAUUCUCCCAAAACAUCGAGCACUUCAGUAAGAACUCGCAAUCUUGGCCAUGGAAACGGCGUAGGCGGUUCGACAGGUAGUCAUGAAAAAGGAAAUUCAGGAGAGGCGAUGUUAAACGAUCAUCAUUAUGGAGGACGACGUGCGGGACCACCGUCAUUAUCGCGGCACCGAGGAGGUGGUGUAAAUCUCACAGGAGUAAUAGCGAGUUUAAGCUCGGCGAUUCCUCCUCGUGUUGGCAUUGGGAUUUCAGAUGUAAAUGAUACUAUUGCAAUGAAAGAUGACCAACGCAACGUAAUAUCUUCAGGAAGCUUAAGCGAUCAAGAGUCAAUAGUUGUCCGCCCAAUUAUACGUGAUGAAGAACUGCAACGGCUUGAAGCGAUUUCGAAGGAUGAAGGAUGGUCAAAAGAUUAUGAAUUCGAUUAUAAUCAGAAAUUAGAGUUUUCUGAUGAUGAAAUGGAGCCUAACAUAACAUCUUUAACAGAUUCAGACAACAACAAAUAUGAUUCACAACUGAUUCCUGAAAUUAAAGAAGAAAAGGGCACUAAUCACAACAAAGACAUUGAAAAUGACAUCAAUGGGAAAAAAGGCGAGCAAGGGCUUCAAAGAAAUAUUGGACAACAUUCUCGCCAUAUUACGACUCCCGCCACAACUUCUAGCAUUGUUGGUGGAGUGCUGGAUGUCGCAGAAGCCAAGGAACGAUUAAAACAACGACGCGAAGAAGAUCAAAAACGUGAGCAAGAACGGAAACAGGCUGCAACGAAAAAAUUGCUAGAACUAGAAAGGAAAUUAAGUCGCAAAAAAUCUGAGGAAGUUGCUACUGCAAGUAUUAUAUCCGGAAAUGACAUUUUUCCCUCGAAAGUAACUUCCAAGGCCACACAUACGUCUAUCAAUGCUGCUGAAGAAAACAAACCAUAUUGUACAUCGGACCAUACGACUGAACCAUGGAGUUCAAUUCCGGCUAAACUAACUGCUAAAAGUGGAGAACGAGUUGAAACUAGAGAUCGGUAUGAAUACCUGGGUACUAGAAAUGACAGAGAUCGCGAUGUUGGAAAUGGAACAAACGCAAUGAAUUGGGAUGCACCUGCAUUUUCAAAGUCGUUUCAAUCAAAUUUACCUCCACGAUUCCAACGACGCAAACUUGAAAGGAACACAUCCGUAUCUAAUACCCUUAACAUCCCUGAUGGUCAAAAUAGUUGUCGUAUAGGAGGAAAAGGAGUGGCUGGCCGUGAUGCAGAUGACGCAAAGAGUGAUCCAGUACCAUUUUCGCAGCAAUACGACCCUCGAUUUAUUCACAACCAACAAAAUCACUUUUUAUCUGCUAAAGCGGCUCAUCGUGUAGAAGUGGAAAAUCAACAGGGAAAACUAAAGCGCUGUCAACAGAACGAACGUGAGAAUAAAGAGGUAGAGCGUGAUAUAGAGGAUCGUUCAUGUGAUCGAGACCAGCGUAAAGAAGAUCGUGACAAUUCACUUAAUGCAGCGAAACGGAACAGUAAGCCUACUGUGAACAUAGAAUUUUCAGUAAACAAUGAAAGAGAAUCUUCUAGCCAACUAAAUACUGGGUCUAGUACGCCUCCGCUUGCACCACGUAGGUUAUCGGAGAAAUCACGUGGAGAGCAUAAACAUAGGAUCUCUAGUGAUGAUAAUCAUCACGCACAUAAACAAUUUGAAUAUGCUAGUUCUAAAGUCUCAUUAGCGAAUUCUGGCAGUUUCGUUCAAAAGCCUUCCUGGGAUGAAGAUAUUUGUGCAGAAGAUCAAUUUCAAGCAUCUUCGCCAUCGACUGAAUGUGCAGUAUCAUUGUUAAAACAUGAUGCAACCCUUACUAUGUCUACAUGUGACCGAAUUGAUAGUUCUCUUACUGAUCGGGUGCUAAAUAAUGCAGUUACAAACAAAGCAUCUAUGCAGUUCUUAGAGAAGGACGAAGAAAAACUGCAAAUUUCGAGCGAGUCAAACAAAAAUUUAUUAGAUGAUGAAUUGCACGUAUUUGAGUCUAACAAAGGAUUAUACUAUAAACAAAUGCCCUGUUAUGAUAACGAGGAUAUUUCUAGAGCCAAGCAUGAAAAUCAUGACCAAUCUAGGACAAAGGAAAACUUUGUAGAACCUCUGAUCAUUCCAUCUUCUACUAAUGACAUAAAAAUUUCUGAAUACCAAAAUAAUAAUCGCACAUCCGAUGGAUCAGAUAUUUGUUCAAUGAAGACAUCAGUUUCUAAAAACAACGUAACGUUUGGCAAAGAAGGGGAAGAUUUUAAUAAUUUGCAACAUCAUUCUGGAAUCAAAAAGAAAAUAACGUCUGUUCAGCAACCACCGCGUGAUCGACGACAUGAUUCUCGCAUUGCCGGAGGAACACGAAACAAUCUUACUAGCUUUCACCAGCAUUCGGAAGGUGGAAUAAAUAGAGGAAACACAGUAACAAAUUGGAAUCGUUCCCGAGGUGCUGGAAAGAUUGGCAGUCGUAAUUACAAUCAGGAUUACUGGAGUGAGUCAGAUUUUUCGGAGGAGGGAUUUGAAGAUGAUCAGCACAUGAAAAAGAAUGCAAAUUGUGCUGCUGGACUUAAAUAUCAGCACCAUUACCAGCCGCAACAUCGUCAUGGUAGUUCGAAUUCUGGGUCCGGUUUUAAACCUAUACAAGGGGAUGUUUGUGUCAAAGAAGGUUUCACUCCUCGUGGUGAACCAUCGCGACGCGGUAGAGGUGGAGGAAAUGUUAAUAUUGGGUCGGCGUUAUCUUCAGUUUCAUUCAGGAAAAAAACAGGACAAGGAGGUGCAACGCCUAUUGGAAAAAAGGUAGAUUGCUAUGGACCACCUAGUUCUAAAAGUCCUUUCCGAAGCAGUGAUAGUACUAUCAGUUUAACAAGUAAUCCGGAAAAUCAACCUAAGGGAGGCGUUUCAGUUACUGAAACCAGUAGUACAACUGCAAUUUGGACACGAAAUGUAUCGAAAUCUAGUAACGACGCGACAGAAGAUGCGCAAGAUAAGAAUGAUAAAAUAACAACUACUCCCGAUGAAGAUUGUGACAAGCUAUCCCGUCUGACAGUUCCACAAACUGCAAUGGCUUCGGAGGCUAUUCCUAAACAAACAAUGAUCGACAAACACAGCACAAAUACCCAGGACAUAGUGUUGUCCAAAGAACCCAUUGAAAAAAAUGCUUUAUCGUCUGAACAUCGCAACUCAUUAGAAAACAAAUUGACGUCGUCGGCAGUUUUUACUUCUAAAGGAACAUUGAGUCAAAAAGUAAAACAUCCAGCAAACAGUGUUGAAAACAAUAGUUGUUUUGAACAUGCAGUUUCUCUAAGCAAUCUUUCCUCUACCACUAGUAAUGUGCUAAACAGCCAUUUAUCUCGCAUCGAAAAAACUAGUAAAGAAGGAACAACUGACUGUAGUAGAAUGCGAAGGAACGAAAAUGAUGAAGGAAGAGCAACUCCUGAAUUCAGUUGUGAUUAUGAUGAAAAUGGUUGUAAAACAACAAAAACAGAUCGAAUUGCUGUUCCGGAAGAUGGUCGUUACUCAGAUUUGUGUAAAGAAGGAAAUUCCUUCGCACAAUUAGAAGAUAUAGAAGCGCCGAAACAAACGGUGCCUAACCCAGCAAGCGGGGCACAACCUAAACAACAGUCAUUGGAAGAUUCCAAUAAGAGCGUAUCAAUGAACGUAAAGACUGAUAAUAAUAAUAAGCAUCAUUUAGAUGGAAGUUCACCUCCCGUAAAAACGAUCAUUUUUGAAAAUACGAACUAUAAAUCAGCUGUUGUGUCCUCGCCAACCAACGCAGCCCUUGGAUCUUCUAUGAACAAUGCAUGCCCUGCUACUUCUGUAACUGUUGUGGGCAAUAAUAACACUACCACGAAACGUCCGCAAAAUAACAAAAUGACUAAUAGCGCUGCAGUCGUUGGGAAGGCUGCACUGGAAAAUGCUGCUUUUAAAGUCACAAGUUCAGCAUCUGGAACAGCCAACGAGAAUGUUGUAACAGCGGGAAAAAGUUUGCAAAGUGUUGUCGGUACUAUGCCUCAUCGCUCUGUUUCGUUGACGACAGGUGUAGGAAAUCGGACUCAAUCAGUUCCACACCAGCAACUGCAAUCUUUAAAUACACCUACGAACUCGUACCAAGGAGCAAAAUAUCAAAAAGAUACGGACUUUGAGCAAGAAAUAAAGUCAUUUGCGUUUGAAUCUGACAUAAGUCAGCUAAUUGAUUCAAAUAAGGUAGUAAAACAAUGUACAGCGAUAACACCGUCGACUUCUACUUGCCUGUCAUCGAAUAAUUCAAGUUCAAAUGCAACAACUACAUCAGUACAGAAAAUCGUAUCACCUUCAACAGCGGAUUUGAACAUGAAAAUCGCCAGCGUUAAGAAGGUUUGGGAAAUGCCAAGUAUUUCAAAGCAAAGGGAUGUAGUGGCGGAUGACUCUAUAGUAACGAGUUCUGGAUCAGGCGGGAAUGAAGCAGCAGUACAUACUACGGCGAGUUAUUGUACAGUAAUGCAUCCGGGCCAUUCCACAAAUUAUCAACAUAAUGUUAUUGGCAAUACAGACCAACUCAGUACAUCUCAAGGUCAAUCGCCAUACUCCACAUUUCCUCAAGAUCAGGGUGCGCUAGACCGUCGCCAUUUCGUUAACUCAAACGCAAACAAAGCAACAGAUGCGGUGUCCGAGGGAGGGAUUGUAGUCAUUGCAACAGUUCCAGGUGCCGUAACAGCUGAAACAGACGAGGGCAGCAAAAGUUACGUUGCAAAUCAUCAGCAAUCAUUAGAUACGCAAGCUGCUUCGCAAAAUAUUCAGCAAACACAUCUUACGAUUCAACAAGCUCAGCAGCCACAACAGCAAUCUCACCAACAGCUUCAUAACCAGCAGCUACACCACCAACAGCAGGCACAACAUCAACUGCAACAACCACAACAACAACUUCAUCAGCAAUCACAACUACAACUCCAGCAAGUCCAUCAGCAUCAACAAAACCCGCAACAGCCACAGCAGCAACAUCAUUCACAUCAUCAUCAUCAUCAACAACAGCAUCAGCAGCAGCAGCAGCAGCACCAGCACCAGCACCACCAACAAUUGCAUCUUCAGCAACAGCAGCUACAACAAGAUCAGCAGUUGUUGCAACAAGAACAGCAAAAACAAAAUCAGCAAAGGCAACCGCAGCAGACACAACCACAUCAACAUCAGCAUCAGCCACCGCAGCAGCAUCAACAUUUACCACAGCAUCAACAUUCUGUUAGUACACAGCAGCAUCCGACAGUCUCCGCUGGAAUGGCUUCUUUAAACAAGCACUCUGUAGAUGUGUUAGCUGCUGCAGCUGCAGCAAGUAGUGCAAAUGUUUGCAAGGUAAAACCUACGCAACAAGGUAUGCAUCAAACUGGGAAUCUUGAUCUAUCACCACCACCAUCAAUGCAAAGUGGAACUAUUCCAUCUGCACCGCAACCUUACUAUCCCGCACAGUAUGGAGUAUCAGCUGUACCGUCUCCGCCAGCAGUGCUUUACAACUCAGCCGCAGCUAUGACAUCACAAGGUGGAUUAUACAAUGCAUUCCAGCUCGAAGCAAACGGAAGAUCACAGUUUUCACAGUUCCCGGGACACUAUGGCACAUCAGGGGCAUCAGGGCCAUAUAAUGCUUACAUGGCUACACCAACUAAUAUUCCAACAGCAAAUCCUACUCCAGAGAUAUACCAAAGCAUUACAUCACAGUUUCGUUUGGGAUCCGUUCAAUCACCAUAUGGAAAUCAACCCGCGCAGCUCAAUAAUCCCAGUACAAUGCUUAUAUCAUCGAAUAACAAUUCUUUGAUGUCUUCUUCGGUCAAAUCAACCUCUCAGCAAAUAGGAACCAUUGGAUCAAAAAGUGGGGGAGCAGUCGGGCAGCCUCCUUAUGGAGGGCAGUAUAUGGGAAUGUUUCCGCCGGCCCCCCUGCAAAAUUCUGCUGCGAAUUUUUAUUCUAGCUCCGCGAGUGGGCAGAAUGCAUUUUUCGGUGCAAGCGCGGGUUCAACGCAAGCCUAUGGCAUACCAACUGCAGUUGCUACAGCCAAUAUGUAUAGUGGGCAUGGAGGUCAAAAUCCUUCGAAUGGACCUCCUCCCCCCCAGCAGCAGCAAAUGCCCAACUAUGGCUCACAGUUUCUUAGCUCACCUUUGCUUGGGAAUAAUCCUGUAAUUGGACAGCAGCAAUACCGUGGUGGCCCGUCAAACAGUUCACAAAAUGCAUCAAAUGCUAACGCUGUUUUCAUGAAAUCGAAUCAACCGCAGCAACCAUCGCAUAUUCAACAACAACAGCAACAACAGCAGGAUACAUGGGAUCUCCAGAAUCAACUAAUGCAGCAACAUGCUCAAACCCAUCAGCAACCAGGUCCUCCUACACAGCAACAAUCUACACCACAGACUUUACCGCAAACGCAAAGCGCCCAACUACCUAAUUCAAGCCGUAAUGUGCUGUCUAACCAAGUUGGAAAUCAAGUUAUUGUUACUUGCGGUGGUCCUGGCUCGGGAGGAUGUGGCUCAGGAAAUACUGCAUCUGCUAUUAUUGGAGCUGUUGGAAACUGCAUUACUUCCGUACGUCCAUCAUCUGCACAAGGGCAACGUUAUCCAUCACCAAUUCAACGUCCCUCCAACUACUCCCAAGGAUCAGUUCAAGGCGUGCAACAACACCAUGUACAACGGUCGAAUAGACAAGUAACGGGUCAUCAGCAGCCAAGUGGUACACAAUCAACGAUGGUACCUACCGUCGGACAAGGAAUUAGCAAUACAAGUAAACAUUACUACAGCGGUAACCGCAGUUAAACAGUCUUUCAGGUAGACGCACAUUCAAUGAUAUCGAUGAUCAGUGACAACGCUCACAAAUUAUUGCCUACGUUUCAAGGAUAUCUGUUACAUGCAUUUAAUGGAAUAAAUAAUAAAAAUUGGUGAUGAAUCUAAUUUCUCAUUCAUUUCGCCAGUUUAUAUUAAUAUAUAAGUACGAGUCAUAAUUAUAGCAUAGAUAAUUAUGACAUCAAUUUUAAAGUUUUAUUGCAAAUAACGUCCAAAUUCUAUAGAUUAAAAAAGUUAUUGGCAAUCAUUGACACAGUUUUUUUUAAGACUGCUUCGCAUAGUAAUGCACUACAACCAUAUUUUAUUUUUCAUGGAAGUCAAUAGUUCUAAUACGAUUUUCAUUCUUGUUAUUUCAGAUAGAACUACAUUAUUGGUCCUAUAAUCAAGCUACUACUCCAAAAAGUAAAUGAAUCUCAAGAACGUAAAUUAUUGCAAGAGGAAAGGGAGGAAGGCGUAGGAACAAACAAAAUUUUGUUUUUGAGGUACAUAAAUUCCCUCCGCCCUUCCUCAAUUAUGAAACUAACUUUUGAACCGAAUCCUAUGAAAUAUCGCAACAUUGGCGAAGAGUAGGAAUCCAUCAGUGAAUUUGCCUUACUUCAUACAGAUAAUUUGGCAGUUUCUGUUUGCAAAUCAUUCAUGUAACAAAAUCAUUUAAUUCAUCCUUUCGGAAAUAAAUUAGCGAUUAUUCUUCUAAUCAACUGGGGCUAUCCGCUGUUCGUAAAUUCUGAUAUUUGUUUUUUUUGUUUAUUAUCAAAAUAAUCCGAGCCGAGCAGGCUUAAUAGGAUAACAUAUUUAACUGAUAUAUUUAAAUGGAAAAUUAACAUUAAUAAUAAUUCAAGUAAUGAAUAAUGCACAUUUAUUCAACCAUAGAAGUGGGGGCAUAAUCUUCAUCAAUUAUUAUAAAUAAAUGAAAUCUAGCCUAGGGUUUAGUAAAUAUAUUGAAAACAAAUUUA